AUGGCUUCUCGAAAGGUUGUUGUACGAGUUCUGGUCUAUGGAAAAGACAAAAGCCAUUUGGUUGAACAAUUGUUCAUUUUGGAAAAACUACUGGCACCAGACCCCACAUGUCAACCACCCAUCAGGUUGACUUCAUUAGGUCGCGACCACAACGAAGCUGCCCGAGGAGGAGCUCUCACACGCGGAGAGCUGCCCGGGGCGGGCUCGUGGCCAUGGCUAGACCUAAGCAUUUUGCAAGUUGGGUCAGGUUUAGGCCGGGCUGACCGGCUGACCGUCCCACUGGGAGCAUGUCGAGGAAGCGAGAAGUCCCACGGCUCCUUUCUGUCGAUAAAAAGUAGGGUUCUUGACACAUGGGCAUGCUAUGUUGCAACAAUCUGCCUUUUUAUAAGCAACAAUCUGCCUAAAUUGGUGUAUCAUAAGAUUGCCGUGAAGAGGCUCAAGAGUUGGAGCAACAAAGCUGAAAAAGAAUUUGCUGUCGAGGUGGAGAUUUUGGCACGAGUGAGGCACAAGAGCCUUUUAAGCUUGCGCGGAUAUUGUGCUGAAGGCCAGGAACGCUUGAUAGUCUAUGAUUAUAUGCCAAACCUGAGCAUACACUCUCAAAUUCAUGGACAGCACGCAGCAGAGUGCAAUCUCAGUUGGGAAAGAAGAAUGAAGAUCGCCGUCGAUUCUGCAGAAGGGAUCGCUUAUCUGCAUCACUAUGCGACACCGCAUAUCAUCCAUAGAGACGUCAAGGCGAGCAAUGUUCUCCUAGAUUCAAAUUUCCAAGCUCGGGUUGCUGACUUUGGGUUUGCCAAGCUAAUUCCAGAUGGUGCAACGCAUGUCACCACAAAGGUGAAAGGCACACUCGGUUAUCUCGCACCAGAGUAUGCAAUGCUUGGGAAGGCCUCUGAAAGCUGCGAUGUCUUCAGUUUCGGAAUUAUGCUCCUAGAGCUUGCCAGCGGGAAGAAGCCAGUUGAGAAGCUUAACCCCACCACGAAGAAAACCAUAACUGAGUGGGCUCUUCCUCUAGCUCGUGACAAAAAGUUCAAGGAAAUUGCUGAUCCAAAGCUCAAGGAUAACUUCGUCGAGGAUGAGCUGAAGCGAAUGGUGUUUGUUGGGCUCGCCUGUUCUCAGGACAAGCCAGAGCAGAGACCCAUAAUGUCUGAAGUCGUUGAGCUGCUCAAAGGAGAGUCUACUGAGAAGCUUUCCAACCUGGAGAACGAUGAUCUGUUCAAGCCUGAUAGCUCAUUCCAGAGCUCAUCCGGACCUGAUAGCUCAGACUGCGUCACUGAGGAGAGGAGUCCCAAAGCAGAUGCGAUAGAGGAGGCAGUUGAUUCAAGUGAGACAGUUCCCUCAGCAAGGUAG